CGCCAUUUGAGAUGUGUGAUCAGCAGCAGCAGGUGUACAAAGGCCCUCAGCCAUCAAAAUAUUGCCAACCGAAAGAUUGUAAGGACCAUGGGCAUGAAGACCAUGGGAAAGGUGCCAUGAGCAUGGAGACCAUGGGCAUGGAGGCCAUGGGCAUGGAGGCCAUGGGCAUGGAGGCCAAGGGCAAGGAUGCCAUGAGCAUGAAGACCAUGGGCAUGGAGGCCAAGGGCAAGGAUGCCAUGGGCAUGGAGACCAUGGGCAUGGAGGCCAUGGGCAUGGAGGCCAUGGGCAAGGAUGCCAUGAGCAUGAAGACCAUGACCAAGGAUGCCAUGAGCAUGGAGGCCAUGGGCAUGGAGGACGUGGAGGACGUGGACAUUAGAUUGCAGCAGGAUUCGGGGCAAAAUUCCCUUCGGGCCCACAUCACAACGGGAAACAGCAAGGGGCUUCUCAUCUGGGCAGUGAAAAUAUUGAUGAACGCAAGCUUGAGAUGUCUUUUGCACAAGACAGAUAGGGGUGCAAUUGGUGCAAUGACUGGGAUUUCUGCAGUUUAUUAUAUCUUUCAUGACUAAAUUAAAUUGGUAGCUUUUGCAGAAUUCUGUAUUGAAAUUAUUAUUCUGCUGUAAUUGCUUUUAUUUGCUUAAAAAUAAACCACACCGGACGUUGCCUUGAGAUUAU